AUGAAAAUCGCCCUCCUCGGCCCAACCGGCCAAGUGGGCCAAUCGUCUCACCCCGAUCCGAACCCACAGCCCCUCACCACCGCCGAAUCCUUCACCCCAGAACAACAAGCCCGUCUGACCACCAAAUCCCUCGACCUGGUGAAUUGCAGCACAGACGACCUCAUCCCCAUUCUCACCAACAUCGACAUCGUGAUCAGCGCGCUGAACGGCCCCGCCCUCGCCGCCCAAUCCAAAGUCCAAGAUGCGGCCGCCACGACUGGCGUGAAACGCUUCUAUCCGAGUGAAUACGGCAUGCAUCAUGUUUAUCAGCCGCCGGGGGAGGAGUAUGGAUUGAUUCAUCCUACAUGGAUGUCCAAAAUCACCAGCACAGAACCCUGCCUGCACCACCCGUCCAUCACCUCAGGACAAAUGACCUACACGCUCAUCUGCAGCGGAGACCUCUACAACCAACCCCGCGAAACAACCUGGUGUCCAUGGACCAACCCCACCCUGUCAUCCUAUACCCUCUACAUCGUCGGUAACCCGGAUGCCAAAAUCGACUUCACGCACACGGACGACCUCGCGGCAUUCAUCGUCGAGACGAUCCGCCACCCCGAGCUGUCCGAGAAUAAGGAGUUGAAUUUCGUGAAUGAUACAGUGUCGUAUGCUGAGAUUGCGGAUAUGUUGGAGCGGUUCUCGGGGCGGGAGGUGAAGAAGGUGGUCUAUCCGAUGGAGGUGUUGGAUCAGGUCAUGCGGGAUAAGGGGAGUGUACCGGAGGAGGUGAGGGCCGGUGGGAGCUUCGCGGAUGAUUUUUGGAUUUUGGUCAGGGGGAUGCAGGGACAGGGGAGCUUUGUGAGGCCCAAGGGGAUGGUGCAUAAUGGGGUUUUUGGGGGGGUGGGGGUGAAGAGGGUGGAGGGGUAUUUAGAAGGGUUGUUUGGGGGAUGUAAAUAG